GGCGCCGAAGACAGCGUGAGGAAGGGGCGGUGGAGGGUCAAGUCGUGAGGAAGGGCCGUGAAGACAGGCGGAGAGCAGGUCCGACGGGUCGUCCAGUUGACAGAACUGGUCAGUGGCUGGUCCCAGAGGCCGGCACACAGAACCUGCUCACAUCUCAUUGGCUCCUUAAGUCAGGCGACGGCCGGCAGUGGGCACCACUUUGACAGCGGCACUAGGACGGGUAGAACAACAUCCCCGUGUUUGAGAACAACCCGGUCACUGCUGCCCCUGGAGCUGGGAAAUAACUUCCUGGCAGACAUUAUGACCUAGUUCUGGGAUGACAGCCAGAAGCUAUACUCCCCCGGAGGUGUGAGUUGCUCCAACCUCCAUCGUCUCGUCCCAUCUGUCUCGUCUCGUGUCUCGUCCUCAGUCAAGUCAAGUCAAACCCGCGUCACGUGACCUAUGUCGUCACGUGUGACGUCACAACACUGUCCAGCCCGAUGUGUGUGGUCUCGUCUGCUCGUCCUAUCGUCUCGUCAGUACUCAUCAUUACUCAAACGUAACCGUUGUAUUUAAUGGCUACUCCUAUAACCUCGUCCUGUCCUGUCGUUCAUGAAGUCUUCACGACUUCUGUUAUGUCUCGUCUCGUCUUGUCCUUGAAGAACAAAAAUGAAUAUUGAAGCCACAUUGUAAAUAAACAAAGUGCAUUAUUAUUGAGUAUGCUGUAUAUAUAUCAUGAUGAUUUUUCUCAGAAAAAAGAGAACGUUUCAGCCAUGCAUGUCUUAGAUGUAAGACAGCCCCGGAGAGAAAAGAGAAGAGAGAUAGACUCCUUUUGCCCUGACCAUGAUCUGUGUUACUUUGUACUGUACCGGGGACCUGUGGGCCCCCACAGCCCAUAAAUAGACGACAUUUGAUCCACUUUGGAGCACUUUUUGACUUAAUAAAAGUUUACAAUGUUUGGAAAUG